GUUUAAAUAGCAACAAUUUGCCAUUCGGCUUAAGGAAAAUCAAAUAAUUUAAACAAUAUGUCCGCGGAUAAUGUGCCAUUGUUAUCAAUGAAUGUACCGCCUGCGGUGCAGUUUGGUGCCAGCAAGAACUUCCACACACACACGGAGCAGCAAGAAUUGGACAGCGCAUUUCUCGGCUAUGAGAGACGCCCGUGGAUGCAGGCAAAGGCGAAGCCAAAUCCGCACAGGGAGCGCGAAGCCAUAACGGCUCUGCUGUCCACAUCGAAAGACAAUGUCGACAAAUUGCUGGAGGAGAACAUUAGUUACCGCGACUUGGCUUCACUUACGGACGAAGAUCUGGAGCUGUUCGGAUUUGCAGCGCAAAAGGAACGCAGUAAAUUCCUUAAAAUGUUUGCACUGUUGCCCAACCAAGAUCCCAGCUAUGAAUACAUUUGCAACCAAAACGCAGCGCAGAGCUACAACAAUCAGAUUAUUGCCAAUGCAUCCAAUCAUAUUAUGUACCUGCGCUCCUCCCUGGCGGCCACCAAUUACAAGCUGCAGGUGCUACCGCCCGAGGACGUGGUUGUGGGCGACAAACGCUAUGCCAGUCGCUUCGCGCUGGAGGCCCUUAACAGCGUGCAAUCGAUCUCGGACGAGCUCAGCGAGGAUUUGCGUAAGCUGGAACAGCUAGCCAGCGAUGCCAAUCGAAAGAGGGAGGAAGGCAGUUCCACGCCGGCAAAAGAGCGAAAUGUAAAGAGAUUGUACUACACGGCCAUUGCACUGGGCACGGCUUGUGCUUGGUUUUGGUGGUGGUCCAAGCGCAGCAACAGUCCAACUCUUGAGAAUAUUUCAGUUAAAAUCUAAAACAUUCCUUGACAUUGUUUACUAUUUUUUUUAUUUGCAGAAAAUUCUGCGCUUCAAAUUACUAGACUAUAAGCACAUUCCAUUUGAAAAAACAAAAACAUUUCCACUAUAUAUGCUUCCUUUCACAAGCAUGCACUUAACAAAAAUCACUCUGAAAUCUCAUAGUUAAAAUCUUUGUAACCCUUUAGUAUUAGAGAAGACUCUUAAGGCACAAAAAGUGUAAUGUUAUUUAACUAAAACUCGAAUAGGUUUAAGCAUAAAGUUGAAAUCUUUAAUACAAAAUUUAACAUAACAUUUAAAAUUUACAAAAAUAUAUUUAAAGCAGGUUUAUCUGCGGUUUCAAUCAAGAAUCGAGACUCACUUUCGUCUGACCUCCUCGGCGAGUAGCAAAAACACCAAGUUCACAUAGGCAUCCACAUGUUCGGGGAACUCCCAGGCUGUGGUAUGCGCGAUUAGCUUGCCUCUGCAAGUGCUGUGCGCUAUGUUGCCUGUUGGUGUUCAAUUACAAGUUAUGGGGCUUAUAUUGUCAGAGCGAUUUUCAUGCAACCUACUCAUUACUUGCUGUUUCACCAGCGACUCCUGUUUGUAUCGCUUUAAUAGGUCCUCGGUGAAGGAUACAAAUUGCGUUAACUUCCAGGUACGGUAAAAGAUCACAUUCGAGGCAACGCCCGCGAGCAGGGUUAAGGCACGCAAUUGACGCAGAAUCUCGCGGGUGUUUGUGAAGAUAUCAACAAAAAUCGAUGUAAUAA